CUCGCUCUCUCUCUCUCUCGGUUGUUCUACAGUAUCCUUCUCCUUAGCCGUGAGUCUCGUUCAGGAAAAUCUCAUAAUCAGGUCACAUUUCAGUGUAGAUCCACCAUCCAUAUCUACCCGGGAGGAAGGAUAACCAGAAAGAGUGUGGGAGAGAGGGAGUGUGUUUGAGAGAGAGAGAGAGAGAGGGAGAGGAAGAAGAAAAAGAGAGAGCGAGCGUACCCCACUUUAAGAAAAUAGGCAGCCAUGAUCGGCAUUGGGAAUUUGGGGUAUCUCCUUGUCCCGCUCCUGGUUCUGGCGGGCUCUUCCAAGCAAGGGGACGUGAAAAGUGUGAAAGACACCGAAAAUGCGGGGAGCUUCAUGGAGGAUGAGCAAUGGCUGUCCACCAUUUCCCAGUACAGCCGCAAGAUCAAACACUGGAAUCGCUUCAGAGACGAUGAUUAUAUCCGAACCUGGGAUGACAAACAGAGUUCAGAUGAAAAUGUGGACACCACUAAGGAUCCAUGCCUGAAAGUGAAAUGUAGUCGGCACAAGGUCUGCAUUGCCCAGGGAUACCAGAGAGCGAUGUGCAUCAACCGCAAGAAACUGGAGCACAGAAUCAAACAGCCUGCAUUGAAGCCACAUGAGAACUGCAAAUCCUGUCCAGUGUCUGCUUCUGCCCCUGUAUGUGGUUCAGAUGGUCAUAACUACGCUUCUCAGUGUAAACUGGAACAGCAGUCUUGCUUAAGUGGAAAGCAGUUGACGGUGGCCUGCACAGGGCAAUGCCCCUGUAUAACAGAGCCUACAAUGUCCCUGGAUGAUAGCGAGAAGCACGAGAGCUGCACAGGCCAGGAUCUAGCAGACCUGGGUGAUCGCCUCAGAGACUGGUUCCAGCUGCUACAUGAAAACAGCAAACACAACAACUCUGGAAAACCUGGCGUGAGCACAACAACAGCACUAGACAAGAGUCUUGUUGCCAGUUGCAAGGAUUCUAUUGGCUGGAUGUUCUCCAAACUGGACACCAACAACGAUUUAUAUCUGGACCAGUCCGAGCUGACAGCAAUCAAUCUAGACAAGUAUGAAAUCUGCAUACGGCCUUUUUUCAACUCCUGUGAUGCAUACAAAGAUGGACAAGUUUCAACUGCUGAGUGGUGCUUCUGCUUUUGGAGAGAAAAACCUCCCUGCCUAGCUGAAUUGGAAAAAAUCCAGGUGCAAGAGGUUGCAAAAAAGAAACCUGGUAUGUAUAUUCCCAGCUGUGAUGAAGAUGGUUAUUACAGAAAGCUACAGUGUGACCAGAGUAAAGGCGAAUGCUGGUGUGUCGAUCAGCACGGUGGUGAACUGGCAGGAUCCCGUAUCCAUGGCAACCCUGACUGUGAUGAUCUGGUUGGAUACUCUGGGGAUUUUGGAAGUGGAGUGGGAUGGGAAGAUGAAGAGGAGAAGGAGGUAGAAGAGAAUGCUGAAGAGGCGGAAGAGGAGGAGGGUGAAGCAGGAGAAGCGGAUGAUGGGGGCUACAUAUGGUAGAACAAUGUUACUGUCUGCAGUAGAGUGUUGGUGGCCAUGUUGGGAGAGCAGCUCUAGCUCUUGCAGGAAGGAUCACAGGUAAACAUUAAAUAAGGGCAGGCUCUUAACCACAUACAGUACAGCAUUGACUCUGAAGAAGAUCAGACUUUGUCUUAAUAUGUCUAUAACUUGCAAAUUAUUAUUGUAGUGCAUACAAUGAAAUUCCAGCGAGAUGAUUUCCCACCCCAAAUUAGAAAAUUCACCCUUUUUUCUUGGUUAUCACCUGGAAGCUUCCAUGUCUUUUUCAAAAAUAAUCCACACACCCAUGACAUUUGUCAAACAUUGUGUCAACUACAGGUAUAGGAGACAUGUCGUGUGUUAGGAGUUCCCUGUGGAAGGUAGUUACAGGAGCAACAUAUAAAGUCUUGCGAAAUAUAAUUUGUGUUUGUCAAACAUUUGUGCUUUGCUGCUGGCUGCUUUAUCUUCUCCAGUAAAAUACGUAUAUAUUUGGUUGUUGUCACCAUGACAGGUGAACCAGUUUUCUUUUUUUUACUUGACCUGUUACAGACUAACAUGCCUCAAAGGGAUAAGUGCUGCUGACCGCCAGUUCAUAGGGUAUAAAAAAAGGAAGCAAAAAGCUAAAUGUGCCAGCUGAUAGAAUUCCAAGUGGCCUUUUGUGGGCAGGCAGAGAAAGAAAAAACUGUCUGCCAGAGAGAUGUCUGUCAUGUCAUCAAGCAUGUCUCGUGUGGCUUAUUAAUUAUGCAGGGAUGCCACUGUAUGCCGCAUUUCUUUCAGAAACCAGAGAGUUGAACUUGUGAAUAAAUCUAUUUAGAAAGACCAAAUCACCAGUUCAACAGCAAUGAAGCUGCCUGGUCAACAGGAAUGCCCGUUCUUUGGCCAACUUUGAAUCAUUUGAUCUAACAUGACAAACCAGCUUGUUGAUUCUGCUUUUUUGUUCCUUACCCUGCCUGUUAACUCGCAUCAAGCCAAAAUACAUCAAAGACUUUAGAAAAUGAAAUCAUAAUGUCAGGAAUUGGAGCCUAGGACAAGCCAAAGUCACAAUGUCCUAAUUCAUGCUUUUCUAAAAUCAUGUCACAAUAGCUUUUGAGGGAACCCCAGGGUUUAAAAAAAAAUUUCAUACUAAGCAUAUUGCAGUCGUUCACCCAUGCAGACUUCUCAAGUUUACAUUUCAUUAUUUAACACAAAUGCUUCACCACGCAGAUUGAGGUGAGCCCCUACCCAUAACGACACCCCCUCAAAUCAGUUUUGUAUCCCCCAUUCAUUGCAUCAAUUCCUAGCUCAAAGUAAAUCUCCAUAAUCUCUGUUAUCAAUUAAUUUAUGAAUCAAUAAUUUGUAGGAAAGAAGAGUUCUCCGGUAAGCUAUUUUCUCAUAAUUACUACAUUAAUACUCAUUUUAUUAUGAACCUUUCAUUUGCUCACAGUUUUGAGAAAUUCAUGAUAAGAAUUUUAAAACUAUUGCUCUCCAGGAUCUGGACUGCAAACGGCUUUGGUCCUAAAAACACAGCCUUGUGUAGUUCAUUCAUUUAAACAAUACAUGGCUGCACAGCUAAGCACUGAAGCGGACAAUUAUAAUCUGACAAGGAGAAAGUAUAAUAAAGCCAAAUUGUAAAAAUUGUGCCAGAAUUUACAAUUGAGCAGCACGGUGAUGCCAUGACUCUGCUCUGAACACCAACUUUAGCCUCCUUGAGCUCACUUGACUAAUUCACUUGGUUUUCCACUUGAUGGCUGGCCUGGUCAGUGUAAGGUUUUCGGUUUGGUUGAGGAAUACACUGAAUUGUGAGCGCAGGUACGUUAGCGUCGUUGCAAACCUGAGCAGUGCAGGGAUGUUCUUUAACCACAGCAGGAUGAGGGUCUCGUUUUCCUGCAAGGAUGAUCAGUACACGUUUGUAGAUUUAUGUCCAUGCAUGUGUGACACCAAUCUUUCACACUCUAUGAGGAAGAUAAUCAGACAGCAGUACUUAUACCCUAGUAAAUAAAAUAAGAAAAUAACACACCUCCUGAAGGCUACUAAAGAUACCAAAUAUACUUACCACAGUGCCUACCCUAAGCUUACUUCCUUUUCUUCUGGCUUUGUCUGGUCGGGAAUAAUCGAUAACCAGGACUGGUGCAAGUAACCUUGUAAAAAUGCCAAGGCUGUUUGAAUUCCACCUCUUUAGGUCUGUAAGUAAUGUAACAGCUCGACGUACUUACUUACUUACUUGGAAACAUUAUACCUGGGUGCCACCACUAAUGGGGAACUGGUAGAAGUAACUACAUCCGAAGACCAUAUUCAGUGGGAUUUAGAAUUAUUAUUGCCAUUCCUUUUAAUGCUUUCUAUAGCUAAGGGAAACAAUAAGGAAUUCUUUCAAUUUUGCACGUACGUAGCCAUAAAAUAGUAAGCAAUGCAUUCAUAGAAACAAAUUUCCAGUGUCGAUAGAAGAAAAAGUUACAAUUCAAUUCUUGUAAGUUCCAGGAAAUAAAUAACAUCUCUUGUCAAAAAUGUAAAGGUCUUCAAAACUGUUAUUUUUCUACAACAAUGUCUUCAGAUGGGGCAGAGCAGUCAAAGGAAGUGAAUAAUAUCCAUUGUGCCACAUGGUAAUAGUGUGACAAAGAGACCAGACAAAAUUCUAAAAACAAUUAAAGCGCAAAUGUGGUGUUUCUGUGUUGUGUUUGCAAAAUGUAUGUGUUAAUGAAAAAAAAAACAAAAACUGGCACUCAGCCCACCCACAAACAUGGCAUUUUUAGACAUAUUUGUUGUGCAUUGCAUCUAAUAUGAAUCCCCCUCACACAAAAAAAAAAGUAUGAUUUUUCCGAAGAGUCCUGAUUAAGACACAAUGCAUCUUUAUAAGAGAGAAAAAGCUUGACUCCCAACAUGGCACCUUUUUAUAUCGAUACAAAAGUUAUUUGUAUUAACCCUUUUGAGAAAAUGGCAUACUCCUAGGGUAGGAUUCUAACAUUUCAACCAAACUCUGUGGUACUCAUCUACACAGGAUGUGCGCCCAGCGUGCUCUGAUGUUUAUAUAGAAACUAUUUCAGAAAUCACAUCACUUUUUUUCUAAUGCUUUGCACUCUGGUGUCUGGAAACUCUAUAACCACGUACCCUUUUUUGGCAUCUCCUGCAGAUCCUUUCAUUUUCUAGGACUCCUAAAGUGUGUAAGGUGCAUGAAUUUGAAUACCUGGCAUCUACUCUUAAAGAAAUGUUAAGUUAGUUUAGCAUAUUGAGAAUGUCAAAACGCUCCCAGGUCACCUAAAAUAAAUAUUCCUGCAGGCAAAUUUGUUUUUGCAAGGCAAGUGUUUGUUUCCACAGAUUAAGAAAAAAAACAGUGCAGCGCUACUGAGACAUGUCUCCUUGUAAAAGCAGCGGCACAGGAUGUCGAAUGUCGAGCCCCAGCUUGAGUGCUUAAGGGCUGCAGUAUCUCCAGGUUUCCUCUUCUGCUUUUAAUCUCCCAUUUGCUGCCACUUGAGCAGGUUCAGUCAUAUUUAUAAGAGUGUGACUUGAGUAAGUCUAGGUGACAGAAUGAAAGAUUUGGCGCUGAACAACUGAGAAGAUAAAUGAUGUUAACUAAGGGACCGUAGGUAAAAGGAAAGAAAAACCUGGACGAGGCGGCGGUCCUUGACAACUUGCACUAAAGAGCUGUGAUUGAGACUAGAAAGUAAACGAUGUCAAAAAGGCAACGAGCACUCCAGACCUCACUAGAAAGUGUAUGUGUGGUUUGUUUCAAAACAGGGUUCCUCGUAUGGUCGUCCAUAGUUUUAACUCAAAAUGCACCGAAACAUGCAGAUGUGAAGUGUACAUAAUUGACAUAACACCACAGUAUCAUGAGCUUAACUUACACGAUGCAUAAUCUUUGUGAUUAUUCUUCUUAGAAAUUGGAUUUUGCUCUUCUUUUACUUUGCUUGAGCUAUCUCUGUACAAAGAAUUGUAUUCAAUGCUGAAGCGCUUUGUGUCACUGUGGUGAAACAUUUCUGCCGGGCCUAGGUAUGCCGCAGGAACAACUUUGGUGUUUUCCCACAUCUGCUGAUCCAACGGUGCUGUUGUAUUCAGAUAUAUUUAGUAUUACGGAAAAACAACACCAGUUAGCAUAAUCGAUCCAGAUUUAUUUUCAUUGUCACAACGCAAUGCGUCAUCCUUAUAAUAAACAGAUCUUUCUGAUUUAACUUUCUUAAAAGGUUAUACUUUAAAAUGUGCCACUACAAAUACUGUCCUCAUUAUCCUACUUGAACUAAUUUUUAUGAUUAAUAUGAUUAGUAACGAGAAUAAUAUGUAUGUUACUUGAGGUUUUGUGUAUACUUGAACUUCAUUAUGAAUAUGUUUUUCUCCUCAUUUAAUUGUAAUCAUUUUGUUUAUGCCUGCCACAGAACAUGGUAUAUAAUCUAGGUUGUUUCUAGAAGUGCAUGUUAGUGAAAUGUAUGUAGUUUUACAUGUUUUCAGCACUUUAACAUUAAAUGGCAAUUUGCCUGAGGCCUCUUGCAUUAAUAUUACACUGUCAACACCCUGCUGGCCGAACUGAAGAGAAAAAAACUACCGAUAAUGGCACUGUACUUUCUAAAGAUUCAUUUCUGGUAAGCCGCAUUUCUGUUUUUUAUGUUUGUAAAAUGAUAAUAUAAAAAUGUUAUUCCAUCCAUGGUGGUAAAUGUGCAAUCAGUAAAUUCAAUUUUUAUUAAAGGUUUAUUCAUUUAAACUUUA